ACACCAUCUAUCUAUUCUCUAUUGACUCGGCUUUCAAAACAGUUUUAUAAGUUUUAAAGUCAACAAGAAAAUACUCCCCUGUACUAUAUAGCUUACACGCAAAAAAAUGUUAGCGAAAGGACAACUCCUUGCGAAAGUGAGAUCAAUAAAGCGCUCGUCGAUUACCGCCCCUGAUUUAACACUGACAUUUGUAUACAUUUGAAAGUAUCGUAAACUAAAGGGCGGUAAUCUCUUGACACCGACGACCAAAAAGGUUUAGCGCUGUAAAUAUGACUUUUUAAUGUUUAUGGAUAUAAUGGACGUAUAUCCUGAAAAUACGAAGGGAUUAAAAUGUAUUUAAUAUUGCCUGUAAAGUAUUUUCUCACUCUGCAAGCACCAUGACAGAAUUUGUAGAUUUUGAGAAAAUAUCAGUUUUCAUUGAUUUCAAUGGAAUGGAUAAAAUUACAGAAAGAGAAUUUUGAUUAAAGUAGCAGGAAUAGAAGUUUAUAUCAUGCAGUUCACAUUCUGCUAAAAGGGAGUUCAGAUUUGAUUGGAAUGUCCAUCGUUUAAACUAGUUUAAAUAAUGAAAGUAAUUCAGUUCAUGUGUGGAAUAAAGCUCCUCUGUGAAGCAAAGCUGAAAAACAAGACACUACUCCGAGAAACUGAGAGCUAGACAUCAACACAAGGUUUUGAAUCAGAAACAAGUCCAGAAUGGAGGACCAAUAUGACAUCCCGCUAGACCAGGCUGUGUCGAAUAAAAUUGUCAAUUUAAAUGCCAUCACUCCAAGAGUCCCAAAGUUCAAGUCUAGAAACAAAGGACCUGAUGACCAGGCCCACCUGCCCAUGGUCAAGAUGGACCACAGCAAUAUUUACAAGGAGAACGAUAUUUUGGAAGAGGGUCUCGUGGAACAUAUCUACAACCUGAACAGGGACGAGAAGCGUCAGCUGGCCGAGACUGGAGAACAGUUGGAAGAAAUCCGGAAACAGGUUGAGGUCAUCACUAAGUUACAAGAAGCGGUCAACAGUCGUGCUCCGGGAGAAUCUGCUGACCUGUUGGCCAACACUAGGGUCAUUCGCCACGGAAGUAUCGGUGAAGAUCACAAGGGGAACAAAUCUCAGCAAAGAAUUGAGGCCGAGAGGGAGAAAUACAGCGCUAAAAACUUGUUUAACGUUCGGCGGUCAAAGACAGUGCUGGGGUUCGAGACUUUACCGCAUCCCAAAAAAUUCUUCACUCCACCGAUCGUCGAGUCGGAGAUAACGGAAGAGGUCGCUGAUCACGUGACUGUCGUCUCUGACGAUAAAUCUGUUUUCAUCCCGGAAUUGAAACCGCCGCCGCGCGCCAAGAGCGCAAAAGGUUACCUCAAACCGACGUCUUCCUCUAUGAGCGGCUUGAGGCCCAUCACUGCUGACGUCGGAUACACGAGAGAGGUGGACCCUAACGAUAUUUUACCUCCUCGCGCCAAGACUGCGGUGAUAAGGUCAAGGUCAAGGAGAGAGCUGGAAAUUUUGAGCAGGGUCGCCCCAAGAGACGAUGAGAUUAUCAUGACAUUUGAAAACAGACGAAGGAACAUGGAGAUUCUGGGAGAGAGAAGGAGAAAGUCUCACCUUCUGGAGCUCAGGAACCAGAACAUGGAGCUUCAGGUCAAAGUUCACAACUUUCUCCGUGACCUUGAGCGGUUCAACAAGACUCGUCAGACAAAAACAGUUGUUAAAAGAAUGGAAUACCCACGCAUUUUAUUUCCAUAAAGUCAGUCAUAAUGUCAGGCAUUUAAGAAACACAAUAUGGCAAUAUGGGAAUUGUCCGUCAAAAUUUGAGCUUUUAAAGACAAUCUAUUAAUACGAUCAUGUCGAAAUUUUCAUGCUCAAUGCAAAGUUUAUGUAAUUCACUAUCCUAUUUCGUACAGUCACGGACACAUGCUUUUAGCGUUCGCUAUCCAGAACUGUCAGACAUGCUUAUAGUUUGUGUGACUAUUUAUAGUGAGUUGGGCUUUUUUUUUUACCCCAGACUUUGAACUGAUGAACUGAAGUCGAACAAACUAUUGGAAAUAAAACAUAACUUGAUCAACUGCAAUGAUAUCAACACUGAACACUGAAGUUUUUAUUUACCUCGAACAACACGAGCAAGUCCAUAAUUCUCUCAUCUCAGCACUGGACAAGGCAAACGAUGAUAUAGAAUAGUUUAGAAUUAGAUGAACGUGAAAUACAGAUGUUUACUUCAUACCUUUGCAAAAUUCAUGUAGCAAGGGAAAUAACCAAUAAAUACCUUAAUUAUUUUAAGUCCCUUAAGUAGAUCUUGGCAUGAAAUAAAAAGGGAAAAAAAGAUGUCAAAAUAAUAAUAAUAAUAAUAAUAAAAGAAUAAAGAUACACCUCAGAUGUGUACAAAGAUUUUUAUGACAGAAAUCAUUAACUGAAAUGUCCUAACAGCGAAAAAGCACUAAGUUAGUUCCAGGAUGCAGAUUGUGACAGAUCAACCAGUUGUCAGAUUCCAAGCUGGGAGAAGAAAUAAGCAGACGAUACAGCAUUGGGUGAUAUGUUAGCAGAGCCCAGCGUAAACAAUGUAACCAUGCAGAUGGUUGAAUAUGAUUUUGCCAAACAAAGAUUUUUCAGUGAUGGAGACAAUAUGUAAAUUUAUUUAUUAAAAUAUUAUUAUCACUGUUCGAUAUUACUACUGUCCUUUUAAUUAUUGUAUUUAUUUUAGUAGUGCUUUAAAUCUGGGUUUAAAUGAACAUAAAGGUUUUGUACCGACAUAUACAAAUACAGAGAGAGAGAGAGAGAGAGAGCAGAAAGAGAUUAUUGUUUCAAGCAGUGAGCCAAAAUAAUCAUGGUAUGUCUGUUCGCUCAAGAAAUUGUGGAGUGUAAUAGUUGUAUUAACUGGUGUAAUAAGAACAUAAACAAACUGAUUACAAUACUACAAGUACAGAUAGACAAUAUAUCCUAAAGUAAUUUAAUAAAUUCAUUUCAAUAAUUGAUCCCUAUUAGGUAGUAACGAAAUGAAGCACAUUAAAUAAAGGAGCUUCAAUCUCUCUGCUACUCACCCUACUCUCUUUCAAAUGGACUCCAGAAUAAUCAAAACUAAAUAGUUUAUGUUUAAUUUUAGCUCCCUUGACUUAUGUAGCUAUUUUUAGCUCUCUCGUUAACGUCUGCUUUUUUGGAAAUAAAUGUGUAGCCAA